AUGAAGGCUGACCUGCUGCUUGGGCUGAUGCUCUGCCUCCUGAUGGGGCUCCUGGCAGGAGCCAAGCCUGUGCCGGAGGAGAUGGACCCCUAUGCCGAGCAGCCAGCCUGGCCCUACUGGACCUACUCCACCUCCGACUUCUGGAACCACGUGCAGUACCUCCAGUCCCUGGGGGCCUACCCCCAGCUUGAGGACCUAGCCCGCACCUUCUUCGCCCACUUCCCCCUUGGGUCUACCCUGGGCUUCCAUGUCCCCUAUCAGGAGGACUGA